UCAGCUUCUGUACACGCGAUUUGAAGAGGAGCGAAGGGGGUAGAGACCACAUAUUUUCACAUCCCAAUUUUUGACAGUGAUAGGUAAGGAAAGGAAAUCCUGUUCAGAAAACCGUGUUUCGUCACUUGUAGUUUUACCACCGCAGGCUGUUCACCUUCUCGGAUUACGGCAUCAUCAUUUGACGUUUAAUCAUCAAAAUGUUGAAGAUUAUUAUUAGCAAAUCCACGUUAUGCCUGUUCCUGACGCUCAUUUACGGUGUUUUUGGUGCUACAGAUGAAUUCAAGUCAGUAUCAGUGACUGGGGGAGAUUCUGUCACUUUAAACACCGAUGUUACUGAAGUACAGAAAACUGAUCAGAUUCUGUGGAUGUUUGGACCUGAUGAGAUUCGUAUUGCUGAAAUAUAUAAGCAGAGCAUUGACAUGUUUGACAGUAAUGAGAUAUUUGGAGACAGACUGAAGAUGGACAGUCGAACUGGAUCUCUGACCAUCACAGACAUCAGAAAUGAACAUUCUGGACUUUAUAAACUGAACUUCAUCGGCAACCGAAAUUCAAUCAAGAGAUUCAAUGUUACUGUUUAUGCUCCUCUUCCUGUUCCUGUCAUCAGCAACAUUCAUUCAAACUCAUCAUCAUCAGACUCCAGAUGUUCAGUGUUGUGUUCAGUGUUGAAUGUGAGUGCUGUGAGUCUCUCCUGGUACAAAGGAAACAGUGUAUUGUCCAGUAUCAGUGUGUCUGAUCUCAGCAUCAGUCUCUCUCUACCUCUGGAGUUGGAAUAUCAGGAUACAAACACCUACAGCUGUUUGGUCAACAACUCCAUCACAAACCGCACCACACAACUGGACAUCAGUCAACUCUGUCAGAGAAAUAAAGAAACAUCACAUGCUGCUAUUUUCCACCCUGGAUUCAUUUCUGCUUUAGUUCUGCCUGGACUUGCUGCUGCAGUGUACUUCCUAUAAGCACAAAGGGAAAAAUGCAUGACUCAUGUUCAUGCACUGUAACAAAAAAAAAAAAAAAAAAAAAAUCAAUUAGUACUAUUGCAUUGGAUUUUAACAAGUGAGGGUAAUGACUGACCCUCUUAACUUUUUAGUUGAUGUGGCGAACCAACAAUGUCUGAGGUGAUUCUCUUGAGCAAGGCACCGAACCCCCAACUGCUCCCUGGGUGUGUGUUUACGGGUGUAAAUCACUUUGGGUAAAAGUGUCUGAUAAAUGUAAAUACUCUCUCUAUUUUCUCCUAUAGAUAUAUCUAGUCAAUAUUUUCUCAUUAUUUGCUUAGUUUUGCUUUGCUUUACACAGAAACUACUCAAGAUCUCCUCAGGGUUUUUCUUUUUAUUGGUUCUUACGGUUAACAACUAAAUUCCAGCACAUGCCAUCUCUCCAGCUCCUGUCUAUUCUGUUUGCAAACUGCAAGCCAUUACAUGUCCCGUCAUUCCAUAUAAUUUCAGACACACUGGGCUUGCUUAAAUUUAACAGCUCUUUUACUGAACCACUGGUUCUUGUUUUUGCCCUAGUUUGAACAGUAAUGUAUUUGCAAAUGUGCACAGCCUCAGCACAAAGGUUUUUAAAGUAAUUUUCAUGCAGUCAGAAAUCAUUGUUCGCAGUAUUUCUCAUUACUGUUGUUUUUCCAAGAUUAAGUGUGCAGUUGUCAGGUAAUGUGCUUCUUGUGAUAAGUGUCAGAAUCUCAUAUUUCAGUAUUAAUGGCACUCAAGUGAGCAUAUACAAGUUGCUGUUGCAACCCAGCAAGCAUUUUUUGUUUUUAAUAGAUGUUUAACAGACGUUGUCUUGGCUAAAACAAGGAUAAUUUGGGCUGUCAGUGAAAAUCUAAUAGACGAAUAGGCCAAAACUAGACUAGUCAUUGAAUAAACAAAUGAAUGACCACACAUUUAAAGUCUGUCUAUUCUAUCUAUUUGAUGACUAGUCUAGUUUUGGGCUAGACGUCUAUUAGAUUUUCACUGACAGCCCAAGUCAGAGGUCAGAAACCUUUUUUCAGCAAAGAGCUUUUCAGAUUUUUUUUAGCAAAUACAUUUUUUAAAAAAGCCAUAAAUCUGCAUUUGCUACUGUUUUGUUACUAUAAAUAAUACAGGUUUAAACAAAACCGUAAUUUAUGUUCAAGCACGACAAAUAUGAAGCAUUACAUUGUGCAUGUCCAUAAAUGAAAAAAGAACGUCCUUUUAUUGUUAAGAGUUUUUAUUCAUUUAGCUGUAAAAAUUACAACUAAGAGGGAAUUGUAAUUGUAUUUUAGAUAAGAAACUAAUUUCUAGUGAUGGUUAUAUUUUUAUAUAAUAUUAAUGUAAUAAAAUAAUAAACUAUUAUUGAAGGAAGACAACUGGAGAGCCACGUAUUUUUGGUCAAAGAGCCACAUGUGGAUCGAGAGCCAUAGGUUUCCUUCCACUGGCCCAAGUUAAGCCUUGUUUUAGCCAAGACGACUAUGUUUUGAUGUCUAUUGAACAAAAACUUGUUCGCUGGGAAUUGCCGUUUAUCUUAAUCAAAAAAAAUCGGACACACUGUACUCUUUCAGAUAUGCAAUGUUUAAUAAAUUGUUCUUUAUGAAUAGUUUUUGUACAUAU